AGCUACUCAGACUUCAUUACAAUUUUCCGAGCCAAGAAAAUAGACUUUUUUGGGGAAGUUUUGAACUGUACAACUAUCAAUAAAGUUGUAAAACAUUGUUCUUGUGUUUAAAAAAAUUUGACUUGCUAGCUGAUUUAGCUAUACUUGAUGAUCAGAUUUCUACUUUUGGAAUGUUAGAUUUAUAAUCUAUCACACUGGAUACGGAUGAAAUGAUCACGGCCUGUGACACCCAGGACUUUGUUCCAUUCGGCCGAGAAUAUGUUCAACAGCAUCCUGGGAAAUUUCAAAUACAGGUACAGAAUGUGGUUCACACAGAUCCUGGUCUUCCUCUGCUUAAAUCCUUCAGAGAUAUAUCUAUACAGGACAGUGGCAAGAAGGAACAGUGGACGUUCUACACUGAGCUUGAUAAAGAUGGUUGCCGUGGGAGUUACGAUGAGGAGCUCUAUGUGAGUGGUAACACUGUUGUGUGGAGCAAGGGCGGCCAGGAUGGUUGUAGAUCAGUUAUAAAAACUUUCACCAUGGAUUCUCCUGUACUACAGGCAUUGUGGUGUAAAUUUGUCAUCCCAGAAAGUUCAAAUCCAGAAGAAAUUUGCUCCACUCUUGACACUGAAGGAGAAAUGCAGUCAGGGGUAUGUGUAGUUGAAUCAAGCUGUGUCAGCUGUUUUAUGGAAGAUGGCAGUGAUUAUCUGGCUGCUCUUCCAUUUCAGGUUGCACAUGUUUGGGUCAUCAAGAACGGUCUGCUGUUUGAGAGGACAGUGUCUCCAACUGAAUACAGCUCCCAGAAAAGGAACGCACCAAACCAGACCACUGUGUUCAGUAUGUUACAUCCUUUAGACGAGGUUGCCCCUGUCAUCACUAAAACUGGUACAGCAGGGUGUCAGAAGACAUCCUACCUUACAGACAAUACACAACACGUUGUUUUCUCCAGUAUAGAUCCUUCUAUAGUUCUAACCUAUGAUACAAUGGUUGGUGUUCACUCUGCCUGGAAAGUACGGAGAGCCAGACAAGAGGAAUGUAAUGCUGUAUGUAACACAUGGGACCAGACAGCCAGUAUAUACCAGAUGGGACCCUGUACUCCAGCUCAGAACUUGAACCAGUCCAGCAGUAAUAUGUCACGUUUCUAUGGUAACAUUUCGGCAUCUCCUCAGGUGUCACCACUGAGAAGUUACUCGGGACGUAUCAGCUCUCCAGCAUUCAUGUCUCACUCACAGAGUCCGUUGAUAGGCAAUCCACCAGGAAUAGACAGACGUUCACAAAGUCCAGCCCUGUUAGGCAGUACAUCUCUCCUUAGACUUCAUACUCCAUCUCCACAAACAUCAAAAUCUCCUGGAAACUUCUACCGUACCCCGGCUAACAUGUCUCUCAUCAACGAAAGCUUCACAGAAUGGAUGGAACCAAUCACUCCAGAAAUCUGCCUGGAACACAUCUGGACAGAGACUGCACCAGCCAUUAGAGACGGCUCUCUCGGAAAGUCAUCAAAAGCAUUUCUGACUCGUGACCUUUGUGGUCAACAGUAUCUAUGUUACGUAAUCUCAUACAGGCAGCAGUUGAGAUGUGUAAAAUUUGAGGAAAGUAAUGAUCUAAAGAAACUUGUUUUUGGUGCUGUAAAUAUAAUACCAUGUAAAGAUGCAGUUCCUAUUGAAAGUAAAGAUUUGUUGAUUGUGCUGGACACCAGUGGAUGCUUGUUUAUGUAUAGUGGAACAGCUAAGAUAAAUCGUCUUCAUGUACCAACUCUACCUGUCGGAAAUAUGUCAGUGAGCAUAUUGAGACAAAUGACACCCUUACAUAGUCCAGUUAGAGGGGGAGGGGGUGUUUUCACAUCAAGUCGACCCCCUAGUGCUAUGGAUGCAAGAUUCGAUGAAGAAUUUCAGCUAAAUCAGAUUUCACCGGUACAAACUGAACUUGAAGAGUCAGCUAACUAUGAUGACUUCCCGUUGGGUUGUGGAUAUAUUCAGAAUUUAAGAGACAAUAUAUCAGACAGGUUCACUAUUGAGCUGACCAAUGGUCAGUUAUGUAGAUGUACUAUACCAGAUAUGACCAACUCUCCAGGAAUAGAUAUCGGCUUAAAGGCAUUGAAACAUAUGUUGCCUCGAGAUUUGGCAUUACAAAUGUUAGGUAGAUGGUAUACAGUGAGGAACUCGCCUGGUGGUAUCGGGAGUCAGUCCGAGUGGAUGAUGUUUAUACGAUGCUUGCUCGGUAUGAUGGGAUAUGAUACAGCAAAACUUGCUCUUACAUUUAAGCAAGAAAUGGACAUGUCCUUGUCUCCUGUCUCGGCAAAGAGGGCAAAAACAUCAGACCAAGGAUCAGAGGAGGAUUGGGAAUGGAUGUUGAGUUCAGACCACCACAAAUUUGUCUCAGAGACCCUGGAUGAUGCACUAGGUCUUUCUGGCUGUCAUGGGAUACCAGAGGCUGCACAAUCCCAUCAGGCCACUGUCAACAUGUCAGCCAUCUUGUUUUCUCACAUCCCAGCAUGCUUUAUGGCUCUGCAUCUUGUAUAUGAGGAGUUAAAAUUAAACAGUUUGUUAGUAGAGGAUCUAGAACAACUUGUGACAUUACUUCACCAGCUGGCAGUAGAUCUAAGGUGUAAUCAAUAUGUAGACUAUUACUGUAGGGACUUCCCAAAACUGAUAGAUACAGCUAGCACAGUCAGUCAGGUCAAAGAUGAGCAUUUAGAGAAGAUGCAGUACCCGUCAGUGUUCACAAAGAUUCCUCCUUCUGUAUAUAAGUGGAUCAUUACAAGCCUUCAGGGUCAAAAAUCAGGACAUGUGAUCUAUAUACCGCUUGUCUGUAACAACAUACUCAAUGUGGUUUCUUUGUAUGCAUUAUUGCUAAACAAACAUAUGGGAACAGAACAAGCCAUUGACAGAUGUCUGAAAAAAGUACCUCCAUCAGGUCAUAGAGCUCCAACCUGCGAUAUUUCUAUGUCAAGAAGUUUUUGUAGAGCCAGUCCAACACACAACUAUUUGGAGAGGGUGGUACUCUAUAUGACACAACUUGGCAUGACAGAAAGAGAUUUAACAUAUCUGCCUGUAGGGAUAGCUCUUCCAAUCAGAGAAGCCAUAUUUCACUGUAGAUGUAACCCUCCUUCUGAUUGGCCAGAAGAAGCAUACACCCUGACUGGCCGAGAAGAUAUCAGUAAGUUGCUGUCCCUCCAAGACCGAGAAGAUGUUUCUCCACCCCCAGGAAUUUUUAAGAGGAAGCCGAGUCCCCAGUCCCAGGGGACAAAAGAGGAAGAUGAUGGCAUGGAACAUCUUGAUGAUGAGUACUUGCGACUACGGUUCAGUGAAGAUUUGCGUGUACAGGAAGCAAGAAGACUGUUACACUCAUCAAGACCAGCUAGAAUAUCACUGGUACAAAAACCAGAAAUAAGUGACCAUGACUUCAUAGAAGAGCAGGAGAGACAUCUGUAUGCUAUCUGUAUUAGAACCAUGGCACUCUCUGUUGGCAGAGGAAUGUUCACACUGAGUACCUAUCAUCCCUUACCAACAGAAACAUUACCUAUACCUAAACUUUGUCUCACAGGCAAAGCCCCACCAAGGAAUACAACAGUAGACUUGUCCCAUAUUGAUACACCGCCAAACAUGACAGCAUGGCCCUUGUUCCAUAAUGGUGUAGCUGCAGGACUCCGGAUCGCAGAUUUCUCUCAGGUUGACUCGUCAUGGAUCAUGUAUAACAGACCAAAGAGUAAUGAACUGACCAAUGAGUAUGCAGGAUUUCUGAUGGCUCUCGGAUUAAACAAACAUCUUGUCAAAAUGAACAUACUCAAUAAACAUAAUUACCUCAGUAAGGGCCAUGAGAUGACAACAAUAGGGCUUCUGUUAGGAAUUGCUGCAGCUAAACGCAGUACAAUGGAUCUUGCGACAAUGAAAAUGUUAAGUAUACAUCUACCAGCCAUGUUACCCCCAACAUCCACAGAACUCAAUGUCUCUCACAACGUCCAAGUGGCAGCCAUAUUAGGAGUGGGCUUGGUGUUCCAGGGUACAGGGCAUAGGCAUACAGCCGACAUACUACUCGCUGAGAUAGGUCGACCCCCUGGACCAGAGCUACAGAAUUGUAAUGACAGGGAAUCCUACUCCCUGGCAGCAGGUUUGGCACUGGGACUUGUCAUGUUCGGUAAAGGAAAAGAGACCAUGGGUACCUCAGAUCUCAGUAUGGCUGAUACACUGUAUCACUUUAUGGUUGGAGGACAUAAACGACCAUUGAUUGGUCCUAGUCAAGAAAGAUACAAGACCCCUAGCUACCAGAUACAGGAAGGUGACACUGUAAAUGUAGAUGUGACGUCACCUGGUGCCACACUUGCUCUCGGUAUGCUCUAUUUCAACACAAAAAACAGUGCUGUAUCAGAAUGGUUAAAGGUACCAGACACACAGUUUAUGUUGGACCAAGUCAGGCCUGAUUUCCUACUUCUCAGGACAUUAGCUAGAGGUCUUGUGAUGUGGGAUUCUGUCCUGCCAUCUGUAGAUUUUCUUAAAGAAACUAUUCCAAAGAUUCUUGAGGACUACGCAUUCCAUAAAUACCAGAUGCAGGAUGAUGACAAUAACAUAGAUUUUGAGACUAUGAGUCAGGCAUACUGUAAUGUAGUGGCAGGUGCCUGUAUGGUGAUUGGUUUAAAGUUUGCUGGAUCAGCCAAUCAGGAAGCUUUUGACACUUUGGUAGAGUGUAUGAAUCGUUCUCUGAAGAUAAUUUCUACCCCACCUCUAGUAGAACAAGCUGGCAAGAGUACAGUAGAGAACUGUAUGAUGACAAUACUCAUGUCUAUGGCAAUGGUGAUGGCAGGGACAGGUAACCUUGAAGUAUUACGUAUGUGUCGAAUGUUCAGGUCUCGUGUUGGUCCGCCGUAUAACCUGUAUGUGAUGUAUGGAUCUCAUAUUGCAAUCAGUAUGGCUAUAGGUUUACUCUUCCUCGGAGGUGGAAAGUACACCUUGAGCACAAAAGAUGAGGCUAUAGCAGUGAUGUUGUGUGCAUUCUUCCCUAAAUUUCCUACACAUAGUAAUGACAAUAGGUAUCAUUUACAAGCAUUUCGACAUCUGUAUGUUUUGGCAGCAGAGUUGAGGACCAUGUUACCCAGGGAUGUUGAUACAGGAUUUCCUUGCUACGUUCCAAUAGAAAUCAGGUUUAAAGACACAGAACACUACUUUAAUGAGUCCUAUAAGACAUCUGCUCCAUGUAUAUUACCAGAACUAGAUCUUUUACAAGAGAUAAAGAUACUUGGACCCAGAUAUUGGCCAAUUGUAUUUCAUAAAGAUAAAAACUGGAACAGCUUAAAGUUACUUCUAAAACACAAUGGAACAUUAUAUGUAAAACAGAGAGCAGGUCAUCUCUCGUAUGUGGAAGAUCCAAAGGGAUAUAGAAGUAUGCUUGCCAAAUCUCUCACAGUAGACCAGUCUUCUCAAACAUGUGUUAAGCCGGACGUCAUUAAAGCUUUUACCUCGGACACCAAGGUUGUUGCACUGACAGAGUACUUUUUCAGUAAUCAUGAUAAUACUGAGGACUUGUUACAGGUACUGUCAGAUGUACUGUAUGAGUGUGUUACACUGGAGAAACCAGAGGCUUUAUCUACACAUAUAACACUGGAUCAGGUCACACGAAGGUCCGAGUUUCAGUGGACCUCUCUUGGUGUAAGUCAGUUGAAACUGAUCUAUGCUUACUACAACUUGGAACACUCCUCGGUCCUCACUGGCACAGAGAUGCUGGACCAGUCUGCCAUCCAGGAAGAGUUUCAGGGGCAACAACUCCUCAAACCUGAAUUUAUACUCUCCAUGAAAAACAGGCUGAAAAAUGUCUUGGAUAAAUGGUUGAAUGAGAAUCUGUCGGUGCUUGUUAAAUAUAUAAAGGGAGAAUCAGUGAGGGGAUCAGCAGUGAGAAAUCUGUCUGCAGUACUAGUUUGGUAUGACAUCCCCAGUCCAUCUGACUUAGCACAUAUCUCAAUUGAAGGUGUUCCAAGUUUACCAACCUUGUAUGCUGCCCUACCACAAUUACAUGUGAGUACAUUGAUGAUGUUACUGAAUGCCUGGAAAACUGAUAGAUGACAAACAUCAGCGGGGACAAGAUCGUGGCUAUUUGGUGCAUACAGAAUACUGCCUCCUAUAACAACACACUGAUAAUACUCUAUUAUGGGGAAAAGAUGAUAGAAGAAAUGAGAAUGUUGAGGAUGAUUGAAACAUAAUUAUUAUGGAUCAGGUCUCUAUGUGUAAAGGAAAUGUGAAAGACAUAACGGAAGUGCUAAAGACAUGUGGAGAAAUGUUUUCAAUGUACAGGCUAUGUGCUAAUGAUGUUUAAUACAUGAUUUGGAAAAUAUCUGCUGAUACUAAUCAUGAUGAAAGAUGAGUGAAGUGUUUAGGUUAAAACAGCAACAUACAGACUUUGGAUUGUUCUGAAAUAGUUUGAAAUGUCAACGCUUUCUGUUGAUAUAACUUUACUAGAAAAAAGAUAUUUCAUGUUUUAAUAGGUAUCUGAGUUUUCAUUUUAUGCUAGUGCUGAUCAUGUAAGACAAAUUCAUAGCUGGCAAGACAGUUUAUAUAACAGUAUUAUGGCCAAACUCGACCAUAGCAGUUAAAUGUUUUUAAUCAUAUUAUUAACAAUACUACAGCACUAGUAACAUAUAACAAUUUUUUAUGGAUUAAGGCAGCAUGAAUCCGUCAUUUUAUUUCUCAUUUCAACGUUUAUUAUGCUCCACCAUCAAUAUACUUUACCAUAAAGCCAAACUUUGAAAGGAAAAACAUUGAUCUGUAUGUAAUGGAAGUUGUGAAAGGACAGUCAGGAGUCUGUUACAUGUACAUACAUUGAAGUAAUUGGGAAAGAUUGUUGUAAGAUUUUGUCAAGAACAGAUUUGUAAACAAAUAUUUUCUAUUUUGUGUAUAGUCAAACCUGUGUUAGGCAGCCAGCUAAGAGAGCGACACAGUCUAACUGCUUCAGACAAGUGUCUGCAUAAGACAAGUAAAACUUAGAACAAAAAGGUCACUUUGUGAAGUCAUCUGACUGGCUGAUUAAGGCAAAGAGUCUGAUUGUUACAUGUGUCUGCUAAAGCAGGUUCUGUUGUAUAAAGAACACUUCAAUAAAUAAUGAAAUGUUUUACAUUGAAGUGUUGUAUAUUUAUUUCUUUUUGCAUACCAUGUUUAAAUUUUGAGUAAUUCGAAAUUUUGUAAAUCUUGAAAUAAAUGCCAUAAAGUUGUG